UUUGAAAUGUUUGGUUAGCACUCUGAAAGUGAUAUCGCCCCGAAACUGUGGAUCAGAUUUGACUGACACAGCACCAGUCUUGCACUGAACCACGGGACUUAAAACCUUUGAGUUGCACGUAAGUUGCGAACAGAAGCUUGCAGGCUCUCGCCGAAAAAGCCAUAUUCAUGUGCUUAUUCGUUGCUCCUAUUUCCCACUUGUGAAGUCAGCGUUAAAAAACCUUCCUGCACAAGUGCAGCACUGAUUCAUCGCUAGCCUCAUCUACUGUGGUGUCCUCUUAACGUUCACUAACUGCUGAAAGUUGUGUUUAUAAAAGAAAAAACUACUUUCCCUCAGCCACUGAAACCUUCCUUAGAUUAGUCCGUACAGGAUUUCGCUGAUUUUUUUUUUUGUGUGUGAUUAUCAUGGCCAAAAAUGCUCGAUUUUGCUGCGACUUUUUAAUGCUUUUUUUUUUUUUCAGAAAACUACUUGAAUGGUUGAAAUCACAAUUGCACAAAAUUGUUUCGAACGGAGUGAUGUUUGUCGGUAACCGAGACCUUUUAGCUGUACUCAUGUUCGACGCACGUGAAUCGAAGAUUGCUUUCGCUGAAUGCGCGUUGUGAUGAUGUCACAUGAUGCGGUGAUGUUGAGAAAGCUCCUCCGGAUAUAAAGGAGUUCCCUUGGUUUCAUGUUAAUUUCUGCAAUCGCACAAUCUUGUCAGGACUGUUGAACGAUAAAAAAGUAAAGUGCAUUAACAAGUCAGAAAUUCGUGUAUAAAAUAGUUACAACGUUAAACGUCACGCUUUAUACCACGGCACUGAUGGAUUCAAGAUUCUGAUUGGUCGGAAGGUGUUGAUGAUGAGUUUUCCCGCAACCUUAAAUGUAACUACAAACGGAUUAAAAAGUAUGAAGUUGUUUAUUUAAUGAAUAAAUAAUUGUAGUCAUUGGAAUUUUGUUGUGGUGUAAGAGGAAUAAAACUCUUGCUGUUGUGGGGAAAAUAAUCAACUUUGUGGUGGUACCAGCACCUCCUUAACACUUUGUUGAUGGUUUAUAACCACGCCUCCAAGUGUGUUGUUGAUCUCUCAGUAGUCUGCUUUAUUCUUAGCGUAACUCGUACAUCUCAUCUGAUCUUGGCUUGGCUCAGACGGUACCUGUGCAAGAACGGGAAUCUCGUGCAGUGGAAAUGUAUGAUGUCGUACCCCUCCACUCCUCUGGUCUCUGCCCGUGUCCAUCCAUGGUAAGAGGUCAGCAGGAAGCACCCCAUCGCCACGGCAACAGCAUGGAGGGCCAGGCCCCGCCCCCUCAGCUGACUCAGACACGCAAGAAGAGACCUGAGGAUUUCAAAUUCGGCAAGAUCCUGGGAGAGGGCUCCUUCUCUACGGUUGUCCUGGCGAAAGAACACUCAACGGGGAAGGAAUAUGCAAUUAAGAUCCUGGAGAAGCGCCACAUCAUGAAGGAGAACAAGGCGCAGUACGUGAAGAGAGAGAGGGACGUGAUGUCCAACCUGGAUCACCCAUUUUUCGUCAAAUUAUACUUUACCUUCCAGGAUGAGGAGAAGCUCUAUUUCGGUCUGAGCUACGCUAAGAACGGCGAGUUGUUAAAGUACAUCCGCAAGAUCGGUUCCUUCGACGAGACCUGCACACGGUUCUACUCGGCUGAGAUCGUCUGCGCGCUCGAGUACCUGCACCAGAAAGGCAUCAUUCACAGAGACCUGAAGCCAGAGAACAUUUUGCUCAGUGAAGACAUGCACAUUCAGAUCACAGACUUCGGCACAGCCAAACAGCUUUCCUCUGACAGCAGGCAGGCUCGAGCGAAUUCGUUUGUUGGUACGGCUCAGUACGUUUCCCCAGAGUUACUGACUGAGAAAUCUGCCUGUAAGAGUUCGGAUCUCUGGGCGUUGGGCUGCAUUAUUUACCAGCUGGUUGCCGGGCUACCACCAUUCAGAGCAGGGAACGAGUAUCUUAUAUUCCAGAAGAUUAUUAAAUUAGAGUACGAGUUUCCUGAGAAAUUCUUCCCCAAAGCCAAGAAUCUAGUGGAACAACUUCUGUUUUUGGAUCCUUGCAAGCGGAUUGGCUGUGAGGAAAUGGGCGGAUACGAGCCGCUGAAAUCCCACCCUUUCUUUGAGACGAUCAGCUGGGACGACUUGCACCUGCAGACUCCGCCCAAGCUUACGCCCUACCUGCCCGCCAUGUCUGAGGAUGAUGAGGACUGCUACGGGAAUUAUGAUGACCUCUUAAGCCAGUUCAGCAGCAUGCAGGUGGCACAGCCCGGCCCUUCGCCCUCGUUGUCCGAACCGUCAGAAAGACCACUUCCUGUCUGUAACCCCGCCCCCAGCGUGGAUCAGUUCAUACACGUUCAUGAGCUGGACAGCAACAGCAUGGAGCUAGACCUGCAGUUCAGCGAAGAGGAGAAGCGCCUCCUGCUGGACAAGCAAAGCGCCGCAAACCCAUGGCACCAGUUUGUGGAGAAUAACCUUAUCCUGAAGAUGGGGCCAGUCGACAAGCGUAAGGGUCUGUUUGCCCGGCGCAGGCAGCUGCUCCUGACUGAAGGUCCUCACCUGUACUAUGUUGACCCGGUGAAUAAGGUGCUGAAGGGGGAGAUCCCCUGGUCACCAGAGCUGCGGCCAGAAGCCAAGAACUUCAAAACCUUCUUCGUUCACACGCCGAACCGGACGUACUACCUGAUGGACCCGAGUGGCAACGCUGACAAAUGGUGCAAGAAGAUCCAAGAAGUGUGGAGGAAGAUCUACCACAAACACCAGAACCCCAGCGUAUAGGAGCUUUUUCCCCUACGGCCACGCCCCCCACCCCUCAGCACCCCUUCGACCAAUCACAGAACAGGCACACCUCCACCGCUUUCUCGCUGUUGCUCUUCGUCUGUCUCUUUUCUCUCUCUGGAUCUUAUUGCAGGGGGUGUGUCCUGUCUGUCUGUCUGUCUGUCUGUCUGUCUGAUUGGUCUGCAUAUAGAGUUAAGGCAGGUCCUUUGCCCUGAUUGGCCACAGUAGCUGGUCUAGCCGAUCUGAUUGGAGGAUGUGGUGGUUUUGUGUUUUUUUUUUUUUUUUUUUGUUUGUUUUUUUUGUUUUUUUUCUCUCCCAAAAUCCACAGAAAAUACAAACCUGAACAAAACAACAAAAAAAGAGAGACAGGAAACCAUUGCAAUCAUCACCUCACUGCAGAACUAUGGGUAAUGUAGUUCUCCUGAGGGUAAUCCAUCACCUCCCCCCUCCUCCCACAAGGCCCUGAGCCAAUAGUGCGACUGAUUUUCAGUUCUUAUUUUUGUUUGUUUUGUUUUUUUUGCUUCAAAUCAUCUGCAAUGGGAUAGUGUGUGUGUGUGUGUGUGUGUGUGUGUGUGUGUGUGCGUGCGCGCGCGCCUAAGUGGAGACGUGAGUGUCUGGAUAUGAUUGGAUGCCUGAGUGUGUGUAUGUGAGCACAUGUAGUUCCUUCUUUAACUUGGGCGUUUUUAACAGGAAGGAGAUGAACAUGUGUAUGAGUAUGAGUGUGUAUAAGUGUGUGUGUGUGUGUGUGUCUCCUCUUCCUGGUUGGUAACUGAUGACUGUGAUGUAUAGUUGAUGUAAUAAUGAACUUUGAGGCGAGUGCGGUGAGGCGAGGCGACUCUUGGAUCCGGGUUUUGUAUUUUUAUUCUUGUAUAAGGUUAUUUGGGCUCUUCUCCGUUCGGGGGCCCGACUACUCUGUGUUAUUUAAAUUCUAAUAUAUGAGAAUCAUAUUUGGAUUGAAGUCACGUUCGAGGGCCUUGCUGUGUAUGUUUUUUUUUUUGUUUGUUUGUUUGUUUUUUUUUUGUUUUUUUUAAAUGUAAAGCCUUUGAAUGUGAAGAAUUAUUGUAAACUAUGAUAUUUUACAGCUUUUGUUGUUUUUUUUUUUCCAUUCUUUUUGUAGUUUUUUUUUUGUUUGUUUUCUUCUUACUAUAUCAUAAACAUUUUCUAUUUGCUCAG